GACGUCACUGUUCUUUAGGCUUUCCAUUGGAACUCCGCCCUCCAACCUCCCCCUGCACUGUCAGUCAGAUCCAUAGCUGCAAGACCUCCAAGCUCGGGCACAGAAAGAACAUGGCUAUACCUCCAAGUUACGCUGAUUUGGGAAAAUCUGCUCGAGAUGUCUUCACCAAAGGCUAUGGUUUUGGCUUCGUAAAGCUUGAUAUGAAAACGAAAUCUGAAAAUGGAUUGGAAUUUACAAGCUCAGGUUCAGCAAAUGCAGAAACAGGAAAAGUUAGUGGCAGCUUGGAAACUAAAUACAAGUGGUCAGAAUAUGGUCUUACAUUCACAGAAAAGUGGAACACGGACAACACACUGGGAACAGAGAUCACUGUAGAAGAUCAGCUUGCCCAAGGAUUGAAGUUGACCUUUGACUCCUCAUUCUCUCCUAACACUGGAAAGAAGAAUGCAAAGAUUAAGACUGGCUACAAAAGAGAGCAUAUUAAUGCUGGAUGUGAUAUGGAUUUUGAUAUUGCUGGUCCAUCAAUCCGUGGAGCUGUAGUCUUUGGCUAUGAAGGCUGGUUAGCCGGCUAUCAAAUGACUUUUGAAUCCGCGAAGUCAAGAGUUUCUCAAAGCAACUUUGCAGUAGGAUAUAAAACUGAUGAAUUUCAGUUGCAUACUAAUGUAAAUGAUGGAACAGAAUUUGGAGGCUCUGUAUACCAAAAAGUAAAUGACAAGUUGGAAACUGCCAUCAACCUUGCAUGGACAGCGGGAAAUAGUAACACACGUUUUGGAAUUGCAGCCAAAUAUCAAAUUGAUUCUGAUGCUUCUUUUUCCGCUAAAGUGAACAACUCGAGUCUGAUUGGCUUAGGAUAUACUCAAACUCUUAAGCCAGGCAUCAAACUAACACUAUCUACAUUGCUCGAUGGAAAGAACAUUAAUGCCGGAGGACACCAACUAGGUCUAGGAUUGGAAUUUGAAGCAUAACACAUUUUGCAACUGCACAGCUUACUGUCCCAAUGUUAUUCAGCAUAGAUACCCUAGCAAUCUAGUGUACCUUGUAAUGUUCUAUGUCUGGGAUGCAAACAACCCUUUGUGUUAAUCACAAUUGAUUCCCUGAGAAAAGAGCAUCUAAGCUUUUUAAGUGUUUUUGUAGAAGAGAAAGAGCGUGAAAGACAUUAGGGAACAGUUUUGCUAUUGCAGGCUUAUUUUGAAAUAUUUCAUAGCUGCUCAUUUUUACCAUGCUUUACUAGAAACGAAGGUAUUGACUAUCUUUUUUUUUUUUUUUUUAAUCAGUUUAGUUCUAAAUUAAUAUUGGGAAAAAAUAACUAUUAGAUUGAUAUUUAGAUUAUUUAAUGUCUUUCUUGCAAGAGCAGCGAGAAAAAAAGGGGGUUAAAGGAUCAGUUUAUAUCACUGACGGUCUGAACAGCCAUUGCCUGCACAAAAAGGGACUGCAAAGUAUUUCAUAAACUGUUUAACGUCUUAUCAUAUGGUGGUUUGACAAAUGUUGUCCUUCGACCUUUGUAUUUUCAUGUGUAUUUUUAUGUGCAGAAUAAGCCACUCAUUUCAUCACCUGUGGCUUCCUUUCCCAAAACACAUCACAGGAAAGCUUGACAGACAGAUAUGCAAGGGAUGAGUCACUGUUCUUUAUCACCUGGUGGCAUCACCAGUUUCCACCAGAAUACUUUUCUAUUUUAUUUCCUGCACCAUUUUUACAUAUAUUUUUUUUUUUUGUUUUAGCAAUGUGACAGGUCUAUGUAUUGUCUUCCAUUCUGUGAAAGAGUCUCUUGAUAUGCUGUAUGCAACAUUACCUUAAAUAAAACCUGAGUAAAUAAAGUA